AUGGGCAACGCGCUGCUGCUCACAGCUGUGAAGGACCAUCAGGCUGUGGCGCUGGCGGAUGCCAUUCUCCCCUUCGACAACUUACGUCUUCGUGAAAUUGAGGCAUUUUGGCGCGCGUUCUACGACUCAGCGACGAGCUUCGCGCUGUCCAAAACUCAGUUGCGCGUCAUCUGCUGCCGUGCUGUCGUAUCGGGCGUUUCCAGUCUGCACGGCUCAAAUGCACGCAUUACAGAGUAUGCCGACGGUGCAUUUGAUUUGUUCACAGACUCAUUGAUGCAGAGAAGGUGGCAGCAAGGGCAACCGGGGGCUCGAGGACUACAGAGUCAGCAGUACCAGAGCCCAAGCGACAGUAUGGCAGCGAUUGACGCGCUCGAGUUCCUCUCGGCUAUUGCAUUCAUCGCCGCCAUUCCGCUGGACGAGAAGAUCGACUUGCUGUUCGAUUCGUGGGAUAUGUCAGAGGACGGAGCAUUGGACUUAGACGAGUUCACAAUAUCACUGAAGUCCACUAUAUCUGGACUGGCGAAAAUUAUCCAACCAACUUCGAACAGCAACGCGACAACUUCAGACACAGCGGUAGAUGAGGAGGAGAUCAUUAUGCUCGCAGAGUCGAUUUUUCGAGAAAUUGCUAACUGUGGGGCUUCAUCGUCCAAGGAGAAAGGGUUCGAGGAGUCGACUACCAUUACCUGUGAACAGUUUCGUGAAUUCUGCAUGAAAAACAAACGAGCAAAAGAGCUGCUUGACUUGUUUGAUGUGGCAGACUCUAGUCCAGAGAAGCUCGUAGACAUACCGAUGGACACUAUACAAGACGAUGUUGGAGACAUGUUUUUAGCCGUGAAGCCGUGGAUUGGAGCAAUUGUGCCCCCAACCAAAAUCCCACCGCUCUCUAAAGGAGCUCCGUUGGUCUCAGUCAAGCUGGACUGGAUAUUCGGAUAUAGUGCUCAAGACUGCAAGAACAACGUGCGCUUCGCAGCAACGACAGCCAACGCUAAAGCUGGACGCUUCGAAGAGAUCGUCUACCCAGCCGCAGCAGCUUGUGUGGUUCUAAACACGAAGACCAUGACCCAGCGGCAUCAUCUUUCCCACACAGACGACAUUCUGAGCUUGUGUCUCCACCCACGUCUUCCAUUAGCUGCAAGCGGCGAAAUUGGUAAACAGCCAAAGAUUAUAGUCUGGAAUCUGGAAACGAUGGAUGAUCAGUGCAUCGUACAAGGAUUCCACAAGCGUGGCAUCUUACAACUAGCUUUCCUGAGUCCUGAAAUGUUGGUGUCUAUAGGUGGAGAUGACGACCACAGCAUUGCAGUUUACGAGUCGAGCAACAAUUGGAAGUCCGCAGCUCUGAAGAUAGCAGUGAAAGGCAACAAAGCGGCUCCGUUUCACAUCACGACGAACCCUCGCGUGUCUAGCGAGUUUGUCACGUGUGGCCAAAAGUACGUCGAGUUUUGGUCUCUUCAAGGGAAGGAGCUUGUGUCGAAAAAAGGUUUACUAGGAAAGAAAGGGUCUCUUCAGCCUUUUCCUGUGGCUCAAUACCUCGAAACAACAGACCGAGCUGUGGUGGUUGGUACGAGUGAUGGCUGCUUGUACUUGUUUGCGGGCAGACAACUGACAAACGUCGUGAAAGCGCACGAAGGAGCGAUUACUGCGUUGUAUUACGCUUCAGGACUGCUGCUUUCCGGUGGACGAGAUGGUCAGAUAAUUCAGUGGGAUGAUAAACUGAAGCAAGUAGGCUCUCCAGCCCAGAUCCAGAACUCACUUGAAUCUGCUGUGCUACCCCAACGCAAGGGAAUACGAAGCUGCUGCUAUUCUCCUGAUAGACGGGCCAUUCUUGUCGGCACUUUGGCGUCCGAGAUUUAUGAACUUGACGCUAAGACCGGACAAAACAUCCACUCGGAGCCACUCACCAAAGGGCAUUUUCAAGGAGAACUUUGGGGAGUGGAUACUCAUCCGACAAAGCAGCAAUGUUGUACGGUUGGAGACGACCAGACACUGCGCGUUUGGGACUUGGCAGAGAAGUUCGAGCUGGGAUUCCUAGAGUUACCGAUCCCGGGACGAGCUUGUGCUUACUCUGGAGAUGGCAAAUUAAUCGCAGUUGGUCUUGGUACCGAAGGCUCUGGCAAAACGGGAAAUCCUGCUGCCAAUGCGAAGAAACAACAACCUAACGGGGGCUUCGUGGUGUACAGUGCCACUGAUUUAUCCUGCGCGAAAGAACCUUGUUUUGAUGCGAAACGAUGGGUGAGCGAUGUCAAAUUUUCGCCCGACAAUCGAACGCUGUCCGUAGCAAGUCACGACUCCAAGAUCUACUUGUACAACGUGCUUAAGGGCUUCUCUCGGACACAUGUUUUCAACAAGCAUUCGAGCUAUAUCACACACAUGGACUUCUCACUGGAUGGGAACUACUUGCAGAGCACUUCAGGUGGAUACGAGCUGUUGUUUACUGAAGUGAAAACUGGAAAACACGUCACUAAUGCCACAACGUUUCGAGAUGAGAUAUGGCACACAAUGACUAGCACGUUGGGGUGGUCGGUGCAAGGCAUCUGGGAAGCGGAGAGUGAUGGUACUGACGUGAACGCUGUCGAUCGCUCUAAUAAUGGGAAGCUCUUGGCAACAGGAGAUGAUUUUGGAAAAGUCAAGGUAUUCCAGUAUCCUUGUGCCUUGGAGAAAUCUUCGUCCCUCGAACUGCGUGGUCACGCUUCUCAUGUCACCGGCGUGAGAUGGUCUUCUGGUGAUCGCUACAUCGUCUCAGUCGGUGGAAACGACAGAAGAGCCGAUGAUCCUUUGGAGGUGGCCGCUACGAACGAUGACAUUGGCGAUGAAUUUAUGGCAGUGCGUCCAUGGCUCGGAGCCGUUGUGGCUCCUACGAAAGCUGCAUCAAUGAAAGUAGACAGCACGUCUCCGAAUACCAGGCUGGAACUGGAGCGAGUGCACGGGUAUCAAGCUCAAACAGCCUCAAAUAAUGCCAGAUACGACUCCAAUGGCAAGGUGGUGUACCAUACUGCCGCCCUCGGUAUCGUGUUCGACAAAGCGGCUCAACGUCAAUCAUUUUUCAGAAGUCACGACGACGAUGUCGCUGCCUUAUGUGCUCAUCCGAACGGCACUACGUUCGCUACUUCACAAAUGGGUAAGAAACCCAAGAUUUACGUCUGGGAUUCUGCAAGUGGAGUAGCUGUAGCGCCGUGUCUUGAAGGAUUCCAUCAGCGGUUUGUGAAUGCUAUCUGUUAUUCAAGCGAUGGCAGUAAACUUGGGAGUGUGGGCGGCGACGAUGACCAUUCCAUCGCGAUUUACAAUUGGCAGAGUGGGGUGUUGUCGUCGCAAUCUCGUGGAGAACGUAACAACGUGCGUGGUAUGUGCUACCACGCUGCUACUAAGGAAUGGGUAACGUGUGGUGACAAGCAUAUUCGCUUUUGGACAGAGCAAGGGAAGAAUCUCACUUCAAAGAAAGCAAUUUUCGGCACGAAGGCGUAUCAAAGUGGCAAAGUUCCGUCCGCGUUUGACUGUGUCGUCUCUUUUGGACAAAUGGUUGUCGCAGGUGGCUCGACCGGCCAUCUCGUAGUGUUUCAAAGCUCUGUGGAGGUCACAAAGACUGUUCAAGCCCAUGAAAGUGCGGUACUAGCUCUUUAUGCAACGAAGAGAGAGCUGAUUAGUGGUGGAAAGGACUCCAAAAUCGCUGUUUGGGACGCGCAGUUCAACAAAGUAGCAUCUUUUGAUAUGAAGGAGUGCACACUUCAAGGAUCCAAGCUCUUAAACUCGGAGAUUCGAAGUGUUUGCUCCAGUAGAGUCUCGCCCAGACUCUUCUUAGUUGGUACCGGAGGAAGCGAUCUCGUCGAAUUCGAUGCUGGUCGCGCUCAGCCAACGCUAUCAACGAUCACUCGUGGACAUUGCCGAGUUGAGGUCUGGGGUCUUGCUUGUCACCCAGUGAAGCCGGAAUACUGCACUGUUGGUGAUGAUCAGACUAUCCGAGUGUGGUGCUUGGUCAAGAAAACUCAAUUGAGAAUUCAGAGACUGGAAUGUGUAGCACGUGCUUGUGCACUGACAGAUCCAGCUGACAUCGUGGCGAUUGGCUUUGGCGGACGUAACGCGAUAAAUGGAUUAUCGAAAGCAGCUCAAGCGAAAAUUGGCGGCAUCGUCCUGCUGUGUUAUACUGACUUAACAAAGAAAGUGUUCGAAGAUCGGCCGUCCAAGCAAGCUAUUAGUGAGAUGAAGUUCUCGCCGACUGGCUCCGUUCUUGCGGUCGGAUCGCAUGACCACAAAAUUUAUCUGUAUCGUCUCGACCGCAAUGCGACUAAAGUCGUGAAAGCAGCAGUUUUUGAUAAGCACCAGAGCUAUAUUACGCACUUGGACUUCUCAGUGGAUGGUCAAGUGCUACAGAGUAACUGUGGUGCCUACGAGCUUCUCUUUAGUAAUGCCCAUACGGGUAAACAUAUCACGUCUGCAAGCAGCACGAAAAAUACCCCAUGGCAUUCCUGGACAUGUGUGCUUGGAUGGCCAGUGCAAGGCAUUUGGCCGCCGUGUUCCGAUGGCACGGAUGUCAAUGCUGUUUCGCGCAAUUCUCGGGAAAACCUUUUGGUCACGUCGGAUGAUUUUGGUAUCGUCAAGCUGUAUCGCUAUCCUUGUGUGGCGAAGAAUGCGAGCUCAGUUGAUCAUCGUGGACAUUCGUCUCAUGUGACCAACGUUCGGUGGUCUCAUGACGAUAGCUACGUCGUUAGUAUUGGCGGAAAUGAUCGAUCGGUCAUGGAGUGGCGAGAAGAAUCUUUUGACGACUCUGCUGGUGAUGAGUUUAUGGCUGUGAAGCCUUGGAUAGGAGCCAUCGUUGCCCCCACGAACGCUGCUACGCCAAACUCGCGUGAGCCAGACUUGAAAGUGGAAUUGGAAUGGGUGUACGGGUAUCAAUCGGAGCUGUCAAAACAAAAUUUGGUGUAUAACACACACGACGAGAUCGUGUAUCACACAGCUGCUGUGGGGAUCAUCUAUGACUCAACGAACCACCUUCAAAGACACCACAUCGGGCACAACGACGACAUUAUCAGCUUCGCACUCUGUGAUACCAAACGUAACCUUAUCGCAACAGGAGAGCGCGGGAAGAAGCCAGCGUUGCGAGUCUGGGACGCGCAUACUGGCGAGUUACGCUGUGAAAUGAAGGAGUUUCAUUCGCGCGGAAUCAUGUCACUUGCCUUUAGUAGUGACUCAACGAGGCUGGUUAGUGUGGGAGACGACGACGAUCACUCGUUGGCGGUUUGGAGCGAUGCUAGCAAUGGAUCCUGGACUUUGACAAAACUUCUGGCUACUGGUAAAGGCGAUAAAGCAGUGAAUCGCUUUGCUUCUUUUGGAGUAAACGGCGAUACGAUCGUCACUGGCGGCGUGAAGCACGUGCUGUUUUGGUCUGUCCAAGGGAAAACGAUCGUUUCGAAGAAAGGAAUUGUUGGCAAGAAGGGCACUUUACAAACAUUUCCAACCGGUUGUAACUUCGGAGGGGACUUUGUUACAGGCACAGCAGGCGGUGAGUUGUAUGUAUGGAGAGGCAAUGGUCUCUCACGAACGGUAAAGGCACAUGAAGGAGAAGUUCGAGUCGUAGCAAGUACACUUCAGAGUGACAACUCGACUGGAACAUCCGCUGUACUUUUGUCAGGCGGAAAAGAUGGGCGAGUUGUCAUGUGGAACUCUGCGUACCAGUCGCUCAAAUGUUUCGAUCUGGGCGCAAUGCACGUUGGCAGCUUUGGCAAAGUCAUCAAUAGUGUGUUUUUAAGCGCAACUGGUAGGAAACUGCUUGUUGGUACGUGCUCCAGUGACAUUAUCGAGAUAGACGUGGUAAGUGGAGGUGCGCUGAACGGCGGCCAGCCAUUAUUUUCCGGUCACUUCACGAUGGAGCUGUGGGGUCUAGCUGUGCAUCCUUCUCAGCGCGAGUUCGUCACAGUUGGUGACGACCGAACUUUGCGUGUGUGGGAUAUGGAAGCCAAGAGGUUGAUCCAAGCGCACUUACUCCCAGCUAAAGCUCGUGCGUGUGCGUACUCACCUGAUUCCGAACUGCUAGCGGUUGGCUUUGGCGGUGACAAUGGUGUUCGACAGAGGAGAAAGCCGGCAUCUAAACAGGGGCAGCAGUCGAGAGAAGGAGGCUUCGCUGUAUUGCGAGCAAGUGAUCUGGACAUGGAGACAUUCGUGUUUGAAGACAAACCAGCGAAGGAGUGGAUCAGUGACGUCAAGUUUUCUCCAAAUGGAGACCUGCUAGCACUCGGUUCGCAUGACAACUCGAUCCAUCUCUACUCUGUGGGUUCUGUGGCGUCCGACUUCAAGAAGCGGAAGCCAUUCAGCAAGCACAACAGCUACAUCACUCACUUUGAUUUUUCACAAGACAGCAGCUACAUUCAGUCCAACUGUGGCGCAUACGAGUACUUGUUCUGCGAUACAGCGUCGAGUAGUCAAAUUAGUCGGGCAUCAUCCGUGCGGGAUGUGAAAUGGGCAACGUGGACGUGCACUUUGGGUUGGCCGGUGCAAGGAAUUUGGCCGGAAUGUGCCGACGGAACGGAUAUCAAUGCAGUCUGUGCGUCUGCGUCGCGUACAAUCCUCGCGUCCGGAGAUGACUCUGGCAAUGUCAAGUUCUUCCGCUAUCCCUGCAUUCCAAAAGGGUCGAAAUUCAUUGUGUGUAGAGGUCACUCUUCCCACGUCGCUAAUGUGCGCUUCAGCUUCGACGACAAGUAUCUGAUCUCAGUAGGAGGAAACGACAGGUCCAUUUUCCAGUGGAAGUUGGCAUAA